UCGCUCCCCCCAAACCCGUCAGUCAACCAACCGACCGACUCAACCGACGGACGGACGGACCGACAGACCGACUCGAGCUUGACCGAGACCGUUGCUACUCAAAGUCGACGCUCUCACAUUUCUUUUCUACUCUCUCUUCAUACAUACACAUUCUCAAGUACCAAUGCAGGCUAUCAAGUGUGUUGUGGUCGGUGACGGAGCCGUCGGUAAGACGUGCCUCCUCAUCUCGUACACCACCAAUGCCUUCCCAGGUGAGUACAUCCCCACGGUGUUCGACAACUACUCGGCUAACGUGAUGGUCGAUGGCAAGCCGAUCAACCUCGGCCUGUGGGAUACCGCCGGUCAGGAGGAUUACGACCGCCUGCGUCCGCUGUCGUACCCGCAGACGGACGUCUUCCUCAUCUGCUUCUCGCUCAUCUCGCCGGCUUCGUUCGAGAACGUCCGCGCCAAGUGGUACCCGGAGAUCUCGCACCACUGCCCGUCGGCGCCGGUCAUCCUUGUCGGCACCAAGGUCGAUCUGCGCGAGGACAAGGAGACGCUCGAGCGCCUCCGCGAGAAGCAGCUCUCGCCCAUCACCUACCAGCAGGGACUGCAGAUGGCCAAGGAGAUCUCGGCCGUCAAGUACCUCGAGUGCUCGGCCCUCACCCAGAAGGGCCUCAAGAACGUCUUUGACGAGGCUAUCCGCGCUGUUCUCUCGCCGGCCGCGCCCAAGAAGGCCAAGAAGAAGUGCACCCUUCUCUAAGCCGCUCGGCGCUACACCCUCUCCAUCCCAGUACACACACACACACACACUCUCUCUC